AUGUUCUUCCAAGCCUCUUACUUUUUCGUCAAUCGACGCGUCAUUCUUGCCUUGCGCAACUCUACUAGCCAUACCAAUUCACCUGCAACCACAACCACCAAUACCACCAAUACCACUGCCUCUAGUCAACGCAAGAAGAAAAGUGUUCGCUUUAGUGGUGUCGACACUGUACGUUACACGCAUAGUCCUUCGGAAUACGACCGAUCAUACCAGAUCCAGCAGCAGCAACAACAACAACAACAACAACAACAACGACACCGAAAGGCUGCUGUUGCUGCUGCUGCUGCUGCUGCUGCUGCCACAAGCACAACCACCACGAUGAAGAAACCACGAAACACCAACCUGAGGAUCGACACGCAGCUUGCAUUGGGUGACAAAUAUACGGGUCCGCUUUUCUUUACGCAGCUUUCCACCAAUUACGGACGCCACUGCAAACCGCAUCAAGAACGCAAUAUUCUAAUGGCAUCAACGUGCUAA